AUGCCUUCCGAAGUAUCCGACAUCAAACAAUUCCUCGAGAUCGCUCGUAGGAAGGAUGCCACAGGUGCGCUUUUCCAAAGAUCCCAGAUCAUCCCACCACGAAAUAAAACGAGAUUGGGUGCCCGCCUGAAGAAAUCCACAAAGGGCAAGGACAUCAAGCUCAAGCUUCGCGGAAAGCGCUUCCUCUACACCCUCAAACUCAAGGACUCGGACAAGGCCGACAAGAUCAAGCAGUCUCUGCCUCCUACAUUACCGUUCCAGGAGAUCAACAAGACAACCAAGAAAGCCAAGAAAUAG